AAACGAUGUCCUCCAUCCAUAUAAUUUUCCUUGUGAUAUCUUUCUUAGUAAGUCCUCUUUAAACUGUUUGUCUUUGAAAUCUUGUACCUUUGUGCCUCAUCCUUAUCCCAGUUUUGUUGGUUUCAACUCUCUUACAACCCUCAAGCUGGAAGCAGUAGAUCUCCUCUCAAUAGACUUAGAAAACUUCUUAUCUAACUGUUCUCUUCUUGAACGGUUGAGUUUGAUGAAAUGUCAAAAGUUGGUUGAUUUGACUAUUACUCAUUCCUCCCUGCGAUUGAAGUACUUGGAAGUGAAUGACUGUCUGCUGUUAAGGCGCGUAAUGAUCUACGCUGUAAAUCUUGUUGCAUUCCUAUAUACUGGGCCUAUGAUAGUCUUCUUGUUCGAGAAUGUUCCCAAGCUGCAGAUUAUAGCUACAGGUAUUAAAGGCAUCACAGAUUCCAUAUUCCACCUUCUCACAGGGCUUGCCAAUGAUGUUCCUCAGCUUAAAGAUCUAUCUUUAUGGCUACAUGUUAAGGCUGGGUUUAUACUUGAAAGAUUACCCUUAUUUGCCAAUCUCAAGAAGUUACAUAUUGCAACAGCACCAAAAGAAGAUGAUCUCCACUGGAUCAUAGCACUUCUUAAGUCUUGCCCUUUGCUGACAUACUUCCAGUUGCAUCUACUCUCCGUUCAGGCAUAUGAGAAAGAACCAAAAGAAAUUAGGAAACCUCAAAAAUGCCCUCAUGAUCACCUCAAGAAUGUUGUCAUUAGAGGGUUUUGUGGUAGUCAGAACGAGAUUGAGUUUGCAACUUAUGUGCUUCAAAAUGCUACUUCACUUGAGACAAUGCUGAUCCAUCUUCAAGCCUGCUGCUAUCAGGAUGGAAAAUCGAAUCAUCGUGAAGCAGGGGAGGGUACAUCUGCCACAAUCACAGCAGACAGGAUUUUUGAACAGCUACAGGCAGAAGCCCCUCCCCAUGUUAAAAUCAUGGUCUUGUGAUUCCUAGCAAUUUUCAGAAGUUGAACAUGUAAUAUAUCUCUUCAUUGAAGGUUCCCAAAGAUGUGCUAAUUUCCAGGACAUCAG